AUGAGUGGGAAUUCAAAGAGACGUAUAGAGACGGAUGUGAUGAAGCUUCUCAUGAGUGAUCAUGAGGUUGAGCUGGUGGAGGAUAGCAUGCAGGAGUUCCAUGUUAAGUUUUAUGGUCCUAAGGACACACCAUAUGAAGGAGGUGUUUGGAGAUUGCACGUAGAGCUGCCAGACAACUACCCUUAUAAAUCGCCAAGUAUUGGGUUUGUAAACAAGAUAUUCCAUCCUAAUAUAGAUAUUGCGUCAGGGUCUAUCUGUUUAGAUGUCAUCAACUCUACAUGGUCACCACUAUAUGAUCUACUGAACAUUGUAGAGUGGAUGUUGCCAGGACUGCUGAAGGAACCUAAUGGGAGCGAUCCAUUGAACAAUGAGGCAGCUAACUUACAACUGAAGGAUAAAAAAGUAUACGAGGAGAAAGUGCGGGAAUACAUAGAUAAGUAUGCCACAAAGGAGAGAUAUGAGAGUCAGUUUGGAACACCUGAGGAUGAUGAAGAUGACGGUGAUGAUGCAGAAAUGAAAGAUGAGGAUGGAGAUGAUGAUAUAGAUGAACCGGUCAGUGAUUUGGAAGAUAUAAGCGAUGAUAAUGCAGACCCAAGCGAAGAGCUCAGUGACAUCAGCGAUAUAGAGUUAAGCGAUGAGGAUUAG